UAGACUAUCAAAGACCACCAAACGACCACCAAUCGAUUCCAAUUAAUGAAAGUUCGAUACGUUGAAGUUGUCCGGCCAACUUCAUAGAGGUGGUUCUGGUGCAGUUUGGUACCCUUUGGUUGCUUAUACCAGAGUCACGCAAAAAAUUGCCUAUUUAUGAAAGGAGUGCCUUAUAAAAGAAGCUUUCACAAGUCUUAGCCUUUUUGAUAAAACAAUGAGCAAACAACCAAUUCGAACUUAUCAAAGAAAAACUGCGAAAAAACCUUUCGUAAGUUUAUUAGCAUUGUCUGCCAUAUCCAGUGAAAAAUAUAAUUCUGUGGAAAACAAUCAUUUCGAUAAAAGUGGAACAUAUAAUAAUUCUUUAAAUCAUGAUCCAUUCGAAACAACAUUCGACAGAAUUGCUAAAGGAGCAGUUGUGCCUCCUAUGCCAUUGGAUAUAAACAAAAAUGAUUCAUGGAAAGGCAGUAGUAGCGAUAGUGAUAUUAAUGAUGUAACAAAUAUAAAAUCUCUUAAACAUACAUCCAAUCUUUUUAUGUACAAUAGUAUACCUAGUCCAACAUAUGUUAGCCAUAAAGUAGCUCAUAAACGUAGAAAACAAAAAGGAUGUGAGCCAGAAAUUUCCACAAGAAUAUUACCUAAAAGAACAAGAGUGAUGUCAAUAAAAAAUAAAACGCAGCCAGGAAAAGCACAGGAGCUGAAGAGACAAGUAAAUAAGAUACAAAAGAAAAAGAUGCUAAAAGAUAAGUUUAAGUCUAGUCGUGUGUGCAAUGGACAGGUAUCUCAUUUAAAUUCUAACACUAUGGAUAAUUUGAAAGAAGCCUCAUAUAAGAAUGGCAUUUCACAUGACAAUAACUAUAAACAUUUGCAUCAAAAUGCUUUAGAGAUCGACAAGAGAAUUACAUUACAAAAUAAAUCAAUUAGAACAAGUGAUUCCAUCACAGAUUUCAAACAAAUAGCAAAUUAUCAACAAAUCAUCAAGCCAUGUUUUGUUAAGCUAAAUACUUGCGCUGUUCAGAAUUACACAUUGAAUCGUGAAGAGAUUGCAGAAAACAAGCAAGAUACACUGCACAGUGUAAAAUGCUUGUAUACGGAUACUUUACAGACUGACAAAGAUGUUUCUAAAACACAGAAUAUUAUUUCGCGAUCAGUCUCAACUGAAUAUAAUGACUUUGGAAAUUUUAAACACAAGUCAGUCAAACAAUGCUCUGUAGCAAUAUGUGAUAAUAUUGUUAAAGAUUGGUACGUAUUGAAGAGUAAAAGAAACAUGAAAAAUACUAUCAAUAUAAGUGACAAGUCAAAUAUAUUGCAUUUAGUUUCCCAUAAUUCAUCUGAAAUUAUACCAAAUUGCAAUAAAAGUAUUGAGUUUGCACCGUAUGAUACGAAAAAAAUUAAAAAUAGUUUUGUAAAAGUGGAAAGAUUAAAAAUAGAAGAGUUUAUAAAGAAAAAUGGUACAGUAUCUAAUGAAAAAAAGCAAAAUUUAGCUUCUAGCACUCCUAUUGGCAAACAAGUCAAACCUUCCACCAAUUUAAUAAAUUUUUCACCUAUUAAUUCUAAUAUUUAUGACAAGUUACAUUGGAGCCAUGAAUGUUCAUUAGUAACUACAAAGGAAGAUAUUUCCAACAUUGAUCGGAAAGAUUCUCGUUCUUUGAUGUCAGAAUGCUAUAAACUCGAUCCUGCAGAAAUACAGGAACAACAAACACAAGUUUUAUUGUCCCAGAAAUCCCAAAUGUCUACAGAUUCCGCUCUUAAGAACGAAAUAACAUCUUACAAGGACAAUACUCAUACAGUUACUCAGAAAUAUGAAACAAAAUGUAAUGUUGAAAUUCCGUAUUCCUUAAAUGUGUCUGCUGUAAGUACUAAUCAAUCACGAUCAUUAUUUGACGAUACAGCAUAUAAUCAUUUGGCGAAAGGUACAAAUAAAGAUAACAUAAAAGAAAGAUGUUUUUCGGAUGCGCUGGCAUGUAAAUUUGCAAAAAUAAGUAAGGCGGAUUCAUCCGUUGACUUAUGUUUAGAACAAAAGCAAUUAUUAAGUGACAAUGAGCAAGCUGAUGCAAGCUCGCGAUACAUACCUUCUAAAGUAUGUAUAACAUUCAGAGAUUUAGAUAAUGACAUGCAUAUGAGACAAAAAUAUGACAGUGAAUUUCAAAAAAAUUACAAUACAAAAAUAAAUGCUGCAGAAACGGUUCACGAAAAUCUUAAAGAUGAAACUGUUGACAUUAGUAAACAUAGUGUACUCGGUAAAAGUCAAGAUAAUAUGGUUGAUGCUUGUCCCUUUACACGAUUGCAAGAUCCGAUCAGAAUAGGAAGAAGAAUACAGUAUCCUAAAUGGCAUCUUAGCAUGUCAAAUAUCUCCAAUAGUUUGAAUAAUGAAGCCACACAAUCGAACAACGAAAUAUUUUGUUGUGUCGCAACUGAUAAAGAUUUUUCUAAUGUUCAAUUAGCAUAUAAUUCCGAGCGUUCUAAAAAUGUAAUAAAUUCGUCUUUUGAUCAUUCUGAAUCAUUCAAUUGUGCGACUCAAUACAAUAGUACAAAUAAACAAAUAGAGAAAUCUGUUUUUUUAAAACCGGGCAAGUAUUGGGCUAGAUCUUUGUCAAUAUUAAACAAUAUAAACAAUGGAUCCGAUUUAGACAAGUUAAGUAUUGGAAAAGGGAAAAAAUGGAGGCACAGCGUUAGAAAUAUAUUGGAUAUGCAGAAACGAGGAAUUUUCCAAAGUUGCUUGAAAAAAGGCAAAAAUGACACGGAUCUAUCUAGUGAUAGACUCAAUGCGUCAAACGUAUCACCAUUUGACAGUAACAGCUGUAAAGAAUUCAAUGUAACGAAUUAUACUAGAUUUUCUAAAAGAAUCUCAGUGAGAGUUGUGCUUAAUAAUACAAGCAUCAAGCGUGAUAUCAAAGAUACUCCAUUUCUUGAAGCAUUUGGAAUAACAACAGAAAAAUCUCCAAGCUUGAAACUAUCAUAUCAAGAGGAAUCAUUGAUACAUGAUGAUCGAAUUAUCAGUAGUUCCACAAUUGCGAGAGACGUUGUUUUACAGAAAUGUUCCCAAAACUGUUAUAUGUCUUUUGCGGAUCGUUUCCCAGAUUCCUAUUUAGAACAUUGUUGCAAAAUAGGCGAAGGUGUUUAUGGAGAAGUUUUUCUUUACGAGUACGAUGGUAAAAAAUCUGUUAUAAAAAUUAUUCCUAUAGAAAACGAACAGUUAGUCAAUGGUGAGCAACAAAAGAAAUUCAGUGAAAUAUUGUCAGAAAUCAUGAUUGCAAAAGAAUUGGAUGAUCUGAAAUUAAAUGCUACAUACAAAACUAAUGGAUUCGUAGAAGUUAAAAAUAUCAGCUGUAUUAAAGGAAAAUAUCCAGAGAAACUCGUAGAACUUUGGAAUAUUUAUGAUAAUAACAAAACAUCCGAUAACGAUUGUCCAUCGAUGUUUGGUGAAAAUCAAUUAUAUAUUGCUCUUGAACUCGGCCACGGUGGAGAAGAUCUUGAAGCCUUCGUUUUCCAAACCGCGGAAGAGGCUUAUGCUUUAUUUUUACAGAUAGCAUUAGCAUUAGCAAUUGCAGAAAAGGCACUUGAAUUUGAACAUAGAGACUUGCAUUGGGGUAAUGUAUUGGUAUCAAGAACAAAAGAACCAUAUAUUUAUUACAAUCUUGGCGGGAGAGAGGUCAAGUUUCCUAGCAAAGGUGUAAAGGUAUCUAUAAUAGAUUUUACACUAUCGAGAAUGCUAUACCAAGGGUGCUGCAUAUAUAAUGAUCUUGCACUAGAUCCAGCUUUAUUUACUGCUCAUGGCGAAUAUCAAUUUGAGAUUUAUCGUCUUAUGCGUGACAAAAUUCAGAAUAAUUGGCGAAAAUUUGAACCAUAUACGAAUGUUCUGUGGUUACAUUACAUCUUGGAUAAAAUGAUUACGGUAGUAAGAUACAAAAGGAAGAACUUGAAAGUACAUAAACACACUGUUAUCAAAUUAAAAAACUUUAAAGAUACAAUUUUAAACUACGACAGUGCAUACGACUUUGUAAUCAAUUCUAAUAGCGUUGUGUAUCUGUGAUGUAAACCUAUAUGAAAAAAUGAUAAUAAAUCAAACUACAAAAUUU